GCACAGGUUGAAGCUGUGGUGAGUGGGAACCAGAGAGAAGGGAGACGAUGAAGAAAGGGAUACACCCGCAGAUGCAAUGGAUAUCGUACGUGACACAGAGCGGGAGGUUGAUGCACGUCAUGAUGACAAGGAUCCACCAGGUCGGCAAAGUCUACCACUUCCGGGCUAAGCGUCAGAUGGCUCAGAGCCUCGGUCAGGUUGCUAAGUUCAAGCGCCGGUAUGAGCAGGAGAAGCCAGAUGAGAAUUCAGAGACCAACGAAAAGAGAUCCGCCAUUGUUUAGAAUGAAUCCCGAUUAAUCUUUUCGCGUAUCAAAUAAGCAUUAGAUCACUUUUUCUUGAAAUUUGAUAGUUUGCAACUUUCUGAACAUAUUUUUAGUGAUUGAGAACUUUCUCUGCAUAUUGUUCCAUGGUUUGAUCGUCAAGUGAUUCUGUAUGUUAUAGCUUUCUCAUGCAUCAGUAAUUGGGUUUUCUGUUUUACACAAGACAUUCGAUGGUUCAUCGGCUCAUGAUAGAGUUCGAAUCAAAUUUCUGGUUCGAAGGGCUCGUAAGAUAUUCAUGGUGGUUUAUUAGGCCAUUGUCGACCGUUGUAAUAAUUAUUAUUUGUUAGGGAUUAGUUAAUUUCGAGAUUGAAGUAACAGAUUCAUGAA